AUGAUGUGUUUUCAGAAAUGAAACCAAAUGUCGCCUCAGACUCAAAAAGAAACACGAAAACAAAACCUAGACGUCUUCUAAAAAAGGGCUCGGUAAUUCUCCUUGACGAUUAGACAGCCUGCCGUUGACGUGUCAAAGGGUGAAAUGUAAGCGGCAAUCCCCUAACGUGUAAUAAUCCUGGAAUGGAGCUAAUCUAUGUUUGGUCAACAAAGGUGGGCCAUUUUCUUGUAUGUAGGCCUAAAUACGUGUAGCCGAAUCAUUUUCCAGGUCCAAUCAGUAGGUAGGGGCUUGAUUGCUGGGGGUAACUGAAGCUGUGGUUACCAUGGCGGCACACUUUGACACAGAGUACCAGCGCCUAGAGGCUUCAUACAGCGACUCUCCACCCGGAGAGGAGAACCUACUGGUGCACAUACCUGAUGGAAACAAGUCCCCGUGGCACCACAUAGAGAACCUGGACCUGUUCUUCCAGAGGGUCUAUAACCUGCACCAGAAGAAUGGCUUCACCUGUAUGCUGCUGGGAGAGGUCUUUGAGCUGGUCCAGUUGCUGUUUGUGGUAGGAUUCACAGUCUUCUUGGCUAACUGUGUGGACUAUGACAUUCUGUUCGCUAACAAGUUUGUCAACCACACCGACUCCUCCAAAGUCACACUGCCUGACGCCUUCCUGCCUGUGGACGUCUGCGGUGCAAGUAUCCGUGACAAUGUGGCAGUGAUGUUUGUGUUGAUGAUAUCUGGAGUGUUCUGGCUGCAUCGCCUCAUCAAGUUCAUCUACAACGUCUGCUGCUACUGGGAGAUACGCUCCUUCUACACCAACGCACUCAAGAUGAGCAUGGCAGAGCUGCCAUACUUCACAUGGCAGGAGGUUCAGGCCCGGAUCGUUGAGAUCCAGAAGGAACACCAGAUCUGUAUCCACAAGAAAGAACUCACAGAACUGGACAUAUACCACCGUAUCCUGCGCUUCAAAAACUACAUGGUUGCCAUGGUAAAUAAGUCCCUCCUUCCCGUGCGUUUCCGCCCUCCACUGCUCGGAGAGUGUGUGUUUUACACCCGCGGCCUCAAGUACAACUUUGAACUCAUCUUCUUCUGGGGGCCAGGCUCUCUGUUUGAGAGUGAGUGGAGUUUGAAGCCGCAGUAUAAGAGAGGUGGUAACAGGUUGGAGCUGGCAGACAAACUGGCAUCACGUAUACUGUGGAUCGGCAUCGCCAACCUCUUACUCUGUCCUGUCGUACUGGUCUGGCAAAUACUGUAUGCCUUCUUCAGCUAUACAGAGGUGAUAAAGCGUGAGCCAGGUAGUUUGGGAGCGAGGUGUUGGUCUCUGUACGGUCGAUGUUACCUUCGCCACUUCAAUGAGCUGGACCACGAACUGAUGUCACGGCUCAGCAAGGGCUACAAAGCGUCCUCUAGGUAUAUGAACUGCUUCCUGUCCCCGUUGCUGACAGUGGUGGCUAAGAACGUGGCCUUUUUUGCUGGCUCCCUAUUGGCUGUCCUCAUUGCGCUGACCAUCUACGACGAAGACGUCCUCGCCGUGGAACACGUCCUGUCGUCCAUCACCCUGCUGGGAGUGUGUAUCACUGUCUGCAGGUCUUUUAUCCCAGACAAACACCUGGUCUACUGUCCAGAGCAGCUGCUCAGGUUGAUCCUGGCUCACAUCCACUACAUGCCAGACCACUGGCAGGGCAACGCCCAUCGCUACGAGACACGAGACCAGUUCUCACAGCUCUUCCAGUACAAGGCUGUGUUUAUCCUAGAGGAGCUGACCAGCCCCCUGGUGACUCCCUUCAUCCUGAUCUUCAGUCUGAGGAGGAAGUCUCUGGAGAUCAUUGACUUCUUCAGGAACUUCACCGUGGAGGUGGUAGGGGUGGGAGACACCUGCUCCUUCGCUCAGAUGGACAUCAGACAGCACGGUCACCCCGCGUGGAUGUCUGAGGGGAAGACGGAGGCAUCUAUUUACCAACAGGCGGAGGAUGGGAAGACUGAGCUGUCCCUGAUGCAUUUUGCCAUCACCAACCCCCAGUGGCAGCCCCCCACUGAGACCACUCACUUCAUCAGCCAGCUGAAGGAGAGAGUACAGAGAGAGACUACAGGAGACAGACAGACUCUCACCUCACUGUCCGGGUCAGAGCCAAGGAGUCUCAUAGCUAACUUCCUGGCAGGUCCCCCCUCAUUGGCCUCUCUUCAUCUGGGGCGGGACGGCUCCUUGACCGAUCAUGGGCCGGUGGGUGUUAAUGACGGAGCGUCAGCCUUGCGCUCCCUCUCAGUCAGCAGCACGAGGGGCAGCUGUAGCUCCGCCCAUAGGUCGGCCGGACACGCCUCUUCUGCAAGCAGAGCCAUGCCGGGAUCAAGUACUGAUGCUCGAACUGCUAGUUCAGGCAGUAGUGUGUGGGAAGGUCAACUGACUAGUCUCGUCCUAUCAGAAUACGCCUCCACGGAGAUGAGCAUCCACGCACUCUAUAUACAUGAGCUCCAUAAGCAGCAGUCUGGAGGGGAGUUGUCCCGGCACACCUGGCACAGGCAGGACAGUGACGACAGUAGUGACAGCGUCACCGAGGAGGGGGGUUCAGGGGGAGGGAACCCUAACCCCCGAAACCUCAUCCCCCGCUCACAAACCUUCCCUAUCUCCACCCCUAUCUCCACCCCUGGCCCUAUCCCCAGCUCUAACUCGGGCCCUAACCCUGACCGAGGUACCACACCGGGGCAGGAAGUGACACCACUCCAGAGCAACAGCCAGCGUCGCUACGGGGGAAACACGGACUCUGUUGGCCCAGGGGGCAGAGUGGUGAGGUCAGCGCGUGUGCCCAUGGGGGGUUGGGCAGAGGAGGGACGUGGAGGCCGACACCCCGACACUGUACCUGAGGAGGGCUCAGAGGACGACAUGCCUCCCAACACUCACAAGGUGACGUAACUGACCAGAGAGAUCCCACCUACCUACCCAUCCUCAUCCUACCAGAGAAGAACUUUCUGCUAAUCUGUGAACUUUCGACCAUGGCUUCACCUUUGACCCCAGAUGGAUAGACCUGUGGGAUAGCAGCAUGCCGUGUUAUUCACUCUAGGCUAGAGAAAAACAAUCGAGUAACAGUGUGAAGAUGACCAGGACUUUUUCUUGACACCCUCCUUGGAUGAUACUUUAGCCAAUCAAGUGACGGUGGUUGAUGACUUCAUCAUAACUGACAGCAUGGAACCCGUAGCAUAUUUAUCGGCUUUUAUAGUUGCGUCCUAGACACUAAUCUAAGGUCAGCUUUAUGGUUUCUCUCCGUAACGGUUAAGAUUAGGAUUUAGGGAGGGUAAGCUGAUCCUAGAUCUGUGCCUAAGGGCAACUUCUAUCCAGAAAUAACUUUUUCUUGUUGCAUUAAUUUGCAAAUCAGGUGUGGGUGUAAACUGCCAGUAAUGUACCUUUUCAAAAAAAAAAAAAAGAUUUAGUAGUUUGUCAUUUUUUUAUUCUUUGUUUCUUCUCUUUGUGUUGUUUAUAUUUAUUGCACUUUCAGAGAAAAAAUGUGUUUUCAUAUAUAUAUAUAUAAGGAAAAUGACAGAAGAGCAGACUUCCACCGAAGUAUAUCUACACUGGCACUAGGAAUCCUAGGGGAUUGGGCGGUAGAUUGGUCUGCUAAGAGGUCUUUGUACAAUCUAGACAUGAAGCAGGCACUAAACCGAUAUACACCGCGUGCAUAGACAUACUGGUAUGAAUCAAAUCAGGACGUCGGACUGUUCUAAGUAUAUCAUCGAGGUGUAGAUGGUUAAUAAAUAGAGAUAUACAAGAUACUCAUCAUAGUUAUUGUUUUUGUGUCAUACAAACAAUAUUUUAAACGAAAGAUAGCAAACUUACUGGUUGGAACGUGUAACUUCGGUGCCAUAUUUAAGCGCUUGAAGCGGCAAUUCGCAGUUGAAAUGAUACAAAGUUUACAAGUUUAUAUUUUGGCUUCUGAUGGGGUACGACAGUUGAACUAAGCUCAUGGGGCAUUUAUAACGAAUACUCUCCAUGAAUCAAUGUCCAAAAAUUGGUAUAGUAACUGCAGAUUGCCCCUUUAAGCACAAACAUCCCAUAACUAUACAGAAAUGAACCUUCAAUCAACACUAAUAGCUGGAUAGAUUAGUCAGCAUCAGACAAGUUGCAUGUUUUUCUGCCCAACUGUCUGAGGCAGAAAGAAUGCACCUUAUUGACUUUUAUUGAAUCCAAAGGAUGUCACUUUUCAUUGUCAGUAUAUUGAUUUUGAUCAGUUCAUAUUUGCAUGACUUUAUUUCAACCGGGGCUUGUGCCACCGUCAGAGAGUUGAGGUUGAGAUGCAUGGUGAUUUACAGCUGUUUUGUUUUUGUGGUCCACUCACUCCGGACUCACAAGUAGACUAGCCUGGUUCCAGAUCUGUUGAGGUGAUGUAUAACCAGCCCCCAUAUGGUCGACCAUGCAGCACUAACAGAUCUGGGACCAGGCUAAAGAUGACAGAUGCUUCCAAUAGAUACAGUCAGAGACUCUACAGCUGGGUAUUAAUUUCUAGAUGGCAAAGGUCUGCAGUGCAGCUCUCUUCAUUGAUCGAUAUAUUCAUGUAAUUGAGUGGCCAGCCAGAGAGUCCAAUCUGAAUCAAACCCUGGAUGAAAAUAGAAGGCAGACGUGGAGGAAUGGAUCUGAAUAAUGUAAAGGGUCUCCUGGGACACAGUGGAACAAGUUUAACAACGAGGUAGUAGAAUGCCUGAGCUGAAACAUAUAACCUAUCAGUUUUUGUUUUUAUAGAUUGUCCUGUAAAUUGUCAUUUUGUACAGUUGUAAAUCAUCAAUAAAAAUGUAUUUAAUAACUUUA